AUGGGUUUUAUUCAAUCCAAAAAUGAAUAUAGUCUUUUCAUUCAAAGAAGAAAUAGCCUGAUUUGCGUAGUUGUUGUCUAUGUGGAAGAUAUCAUCCUUACACGAACUGAUAUUGAUGCUAUGCAAGAACUCAAAGCAGCUUUACAUAUUCUUCUUAGCAUCAAAGAUCUUGGGAAGCUCAGUUACUUUCUAGGUAUUGAGGUUGGAUAUUCUGAUGCAGGAAUUUUGCUAAGUCAAAAAAAAUUUAAAAGAGAAUUAAUUCAUGACUGUAAUAUACCCUUGAAGAACAGAGCUGUUACACCUUUGCCACUGGGUUUGAAACUGCAACAAGAGCCUGGUGAACCUUUGCUAGAUGCAGAAGUGUAUAGGUCACAUGUUGGGAAAUUGAACUUUUUAAUCUAUACAAGCAGACCUGACUUAUCUUUUGUUGUCCAGUCUUUAAGUCAGUUUAUGCAUCACCCUUACACUUCACACUUGCAGGCUCUUAUACAUACUCUGAGCUAUGUAGCUCAGACUGAAGUCCAAGGAAUUUUACUCAGUGCUUUACCUAAGCUUUAUCUUCAUGCUUUUUCUGAUUCAGACUAA